CCAAUCAUAUCAUCCGAAAAUCAUCGUUCUUCACGUCGAUGUCAUAUCUGUAUUUUUAUUUAGGUUAUAAUUCGAACGUAUUAUUAUAACCACAGGCUUUUCUCAUAACCAUAGUUACAUUUUCAUAGUAAAAAUAAUAAUUUUAACGGUUCAAUUUUCAACAUCAAGAAUUAAAUUUGUAGGCGUGCUGAGUAAUUGAGAAGUGAAGAGAUACAACCAACUUCAGAGGCGUGUCAUGUUUGCAAGUAACGCGGCGUUAUUGUUCGUACUAUUCUUGAAGAAUUUGUAGGUAUAAAAUUUAUAAUCAAAAUGCUUGCGUUAGGCCCAAAAAAGGAUGGAGGACCCAAUGCCAAAUUUUUUGAUUCUGCGGAAAUUCUCGCACAACUUGAUGGGGUUAAACAGUGGCUCCUGAAAAAUUGCAAAAAGUAUGUACAAACAGAUCCUCCUACUAACAAAACCUUAGCAACUUUAGUGGUACAAUUACUUCAAUUUCAAGAGGAUAAUUUAGGAAAAAAUGUAACUAAACCACCUAUGACAAGACUUCCAAUGAAAUGUUUCUUAGACUUUAAACCUGGAGGAGGUUUGUGUCAUAUACUUUCCACUGCUUAUCGAUUUAAACAAGAACAAGGAUGGCGGAGAUUUGACUUUCCAGUUGGAAAGUCAGGAUCUCGUAUGGAUCGUAUAGUAGAAAUGUUAAUGGCAGCAGAGCGUGCUUUAACUCAAAAUAGAUGUUUGACUAUACCAAGCGUUUUUGUAAGAGCUGACGUCGAUAAAUCAACAGCUACAAAAGUAAAAGAAGCAGUAAGACGACAUCAAGGCACAGUUGUUGAAAAUGAAGCAGAUGCUACACAUAUUAUUUUUCCACCAGUAGAUCCAAUGGAAGAAGAAUGUGCACGACCAUGUAUGAGACGUGAAAGAUCGGUUCUUCUUCAUUGGUACUAUUUCCCAGAUAGUUAUGACUCUUGGACUACUCUAGAUCUUCCUUGGGAAUUUCCUGAAGGAACUCUUAAUAUUACAAGUACAAGAUCGGUAUAUAAGGUAUCGGCAACUUGGGCGCUUGAUUUAGAUCAAUAUAAUGAAUGGAUGAAUGAAGAAGAUUAUGAGGUAGAUGAUAGUGGACAAAAGAAAGUUCACAAAUAUAGACUUUUAGUAGAAGAUUUGAUGGCACAACCUGCUCACCCACCACCGGGAAAAAAGCCAAAAAGAAAAAGAUCACCUACUCCCCCACCAAAAGUUGGAAAACGCAAAAGUAGCAGGGCUCCAUCAAAUAUACAAAGCACUUCAUCAACUUCUUCGGCAGCUACACCAAAAAAAUCACGCGGUGGUGGGGACGAAGAAGAAGAUCUUACUCAAGGGAUGGAAGAUCCACCAGCGGAACCACGGAUUGUAGAGGUUGUUGCUGCUCCUGCUAAUCCACCGGUUACAGGUCAAAGUAGUAAUGCAACUACAAGUAGUAGUUUGGCAUCAACUGGAAAUAAAAAACAAGAUAAUGAACUACAACCUCUUAAAUCCGGCAAUAUGGCAGAUUUGGAUGAACCAAUGGAAGGUGAUAAAGGAAGUUCUCAGGGUACUCAAGAUAGAGAGGAAAGAGAUACAAGCAAAGAAAGAGGAGAAGGAGGUAAAGGAGAUGAACCAGAAGAUAAUGUUACGGAACAGACACAUCAUAUAGUUGUACCUAGUUAUUCUGCUUGGUUUGAUUAUAAUUCGAUUCAUACUAUUGAAAAAAGAGCAUUAUCUGAAUUCUUCAAUGGCAAAAACAAAUCUAAAACACCAGAAAUUUAUCUUGCAUAUAGAAAUUUUAUGAUCGAUACAUAUCGAUUAAAUCCGACGGAAUAUAUCACAUCGACAGCAUGCAGGCGUAAUUUAGCUGGUGACGUUUGUGCGAUUAUGCGCGUACAUGCUUUUCUGGAACAAUGGGGUCUUAUUAAUUAUCAAGUAGAUGCAGAAUCCAGACCAACGCCUAUGGGUCCACCCCCAACAUCUCAUUUUCAUGUUUUAUCAGACACUCCAUCAGGUCUUGCACCAGUUAAUCCAAAUCCACCAAAAACACCACAACCAUCGGCAGCAAAAACGUUGCUUGAUCUUGAGAAGAAAUCUACUACAGCGCUCGGUGUCGAAGAAAAAGUUUCGGCCAGUGCUAUGACAAACUUUGGUUUAAAAAUUGAUCAGUAUUCUAGGAAACCAGCAGUGUUAAAGAACAAACAAGCGGCCGGGGCAACGCGCGAUUGGACGGAGCAAGAAACACUUUUAUUAUUAGAAGGUUUAGAACUUCAUAAAGAUGAUUGGAAUAAAGUCUGCGAACACGUUGGUUCUAGAACGCAAGAUGAAUGCAUAUUGCAUUUCUUACGGUUACCCAUAGAAGAUCCGUAUCUUGAAGAAGGUGGUCCAGAAGGUUUAGGACCUCUUGCAUAUCAACCGGUACCUUUCUCGAAGGCUGGAAAUCCUGUUAUGAGUACGGUCGCAUUUUUGGCUUCGGUUGUAGAUCCUAGAGUGGCAGCUAGUGCAGCAAAAGCUGCUAUGGAAGAAUUUGCUGCUAUUAAAGAUCAAGUUCCAGCUGCGUUAUUAGAUCAACAUUUACGAAAUGUUCAAGCUAGUGCCAAUUCAGAAGGAAAAUUUGAUCCAGCUGCUGGACUUGCACAAUCAGGUAUCGCUGGUACUGGACCACCUGAACCACCUGACGAUACUACAACACCAUCAACAGCUGGUACCCAAGCAACAGCAGUUACUUCUCCUCAUUCAACAGGUCCAGCUUCUAUAGAGACAAAGAAAGAAGAUCCAGAAAAAUCAAAGGAUUCAUCGGACGUAGAACAAUCCCCAUUGGAGAUAACGAAGAAAGAGGACGAAUCUAAAGAGAGCGAAGACGAUACUAAAUCUUCUAUUGAUGCUGAAGCUAUAGAAGCAAAAGAAAAGAAGGAUAAGGUUGUCAGGGAUGCCCAAUUACAAUCCGCAGCAGCGGCGGCAUUAGCUGCUGCUGCCGUGAAAGCGAAACAUUUGGCGGCUGUAGAGGAACGCAAAAUAAAAUCUUUGGUCGCGUUACUGGUUGAAACUCAAAUGAAAAAAUUAGAAAUUAAAUUACGUCAUUUUGAAGAAUUAGAAACAACGAUGGAACGCGAACGCGAAGGACUCGAAUAUCAACUUAUUACCGAAAGACAACAAUUUCAUUUAGAACAAUUGAGAGCAGCUGAAUUCAGAGCACGACAACAAGCACAUCAACGUUUAGCCCAAGAACAACAACAACAUACUCCACCUGAGCAGACAUAACUCCAUCGAAAUAGCUAUUUGAGUGACAAGGGAUUACAGUCUCCCACCAUCGUACAAUCUAAUUCAUUAAUCGUUCGGGAUCGAGACUCAAGGGACAAGGACAUUACGAUGUACAUGUCGAUCGUGCAUGUGAUUUACAUUCCUUAGGGGGACAAAGCUACUGAAUUAUAUCAAUAACAUUCGCUAAAAUAUAUGCAGUUUGUUCAUGGAAUAAAUUUUAUAUAGUUUAAUAUACGUCCGACUAUUUAUAAGCACUAAUAUUAUAGAUUAUUCAUUAAAAGAGAGAUUAGACAAUAUAUAUUUUUAUUAUUAAUAAAUAUAAAAUCACGGGACACGUAUAUGAUCAUUUAACGAAUUCAUUCUAAUAUAUCUAUAGUUACAAGAGAAAAUUUUGAAAUAGUUAAUAGAUUUAUGGAUCAGAGUAUAAUCCAAUAAAAAGGUUACAGACUACUGUUCAUUAUGUAUUUAUAGAAUUAGUACUGAUCAGAUAGAUCCAAUUGAAAUACAUCAUUUCCCACUAAACUGAUCAACUUCUUUUUCUCAGCCAUAGUAAGUGGAAUAACAUUAUAUAUUUUUCUAGCCAUUAAAGGAGUCUCUUCUAAACCAGAUAUCAUUGCACAUUUGAUCAAAAGCUGAAAAUCAAUGAAUUAUAUACAAUUUGAAUAUAUAUAUAUGUACAAAGUCUAAUGAUAUAUAAAAAUUUUAUAUAUAUAUAUAUAUAUAUAUAUAUAUAUAUCUUACAAGAGCAACUGAUCCAUAGCCUUGUGAAAUACAAAUUUCUAAUAGUUGAUUGAUUUGAUCGGCAUUUAAUAUACCCAUUACAGAUCCUUCACAAGAUGUUAUAAAAGAUAAUACUUCUAAUGCUUUAUCAUACCAAUUGGCACGUAACAACAGCAAAAUUAUAUCUUUCAAUAUUACAAUAUUCCAUACAACUUGUCUAAUAUUUGAGCGUUUUAACUGAAAAUAAUAAAUAUUGUUAUAUAAUGCUGAUUCAAUAUAUAAAAUAUCAGAAAUAAAGUAUAAAUAAAUUCAUUAACCUGUUUAUCAUCCCAGAUAUCCAAAGCAAAUGUUGCAAAUACUUUAUGAAGUGGAGAUUCACUUUCAAUAUCACAAUCAGAAGCUAUAUCUAAAGGUAUUUUUAUUAAUUGUUCAUUUUGUAACAUAUUAUACAUUUUUAUUUGGGACAUGAGUUUUGGUAAAUUUUCCAUAAUAAUUUCUUUCGAUUGAAGUUGUAAAAUUGUUAAAAUGUUUUCCAUAAUGCUCAUUUCUGGUAUAUAAACAUGCAUACUUAAUUGAUAAUAAAACUCAAAGAACUUUUCUAUCGGUAGCAUUUUCAGUUUUAAGUUAACAUAGUGUCGAUAGUAAAUAUUCUCCUAAAAAUAAAUAAAACAAAUAUUAUAUAAUAUAUAUAUAUAAAUUGAAAUUAAAAGUUCUCAAAAACUUACAAAAUAAGCAUUAGCAAGAAACUUAUAAUUGUCAUCUUUUAAAAGAAGUGCAUGCAGUCUAUCUCCUAUUUUCAAGUUAUUUUCUUUUUUAGCUAUUUCCAUUGCAACAGGAAAGAAGUUAAUAUCUUUUAUAUCACGAAAUUCAAGGGUCUCCAUUUCUAAUACAUCUAACAUAUCCUCUAAAAUUGUGAUGAAAGAUUCGCCUAAAUGCAAAAAUAAUAAAUAUAAUUAAUUAUUAAGAAAAACAUUAUUUUGUGUAAUUUCAUAUAAAUAUAACAUAAACUCUCUUACUAUUUUUAUUUUCCAAAUAAAGUAUAUGGCAAUACGA